UACAGUUAUGUUUCCCUAUCCAAGAAGGGAUUCUGAAGAGCCUGAAAGCACACCAGUGCAGGGAGAGCCCUCAGUUUAUUACUUUGAAGAUGAUUAUCAAGACCUCGGUGCUUCACAGAGGAGUGAUACUCAAGUACAGAGUUCAGCAAGUGAUUCACAUGGGAAGAAAAGUCCUAUAGAACUGUUUGUAGAUGUGGGGGAAAAGGUAGAGGUUGUUCUUGGAAAAAUUGGAGCUGACAUUAACCGUGCUCUUAAUGCUAAGAGACAAAGAAUGGAAACAGAUGUCAAAGAGUCUUUGGAAGGAAUUGACCAGAAAAUGAAACAAACUUGGAACUCAUAUGAAGACGCAUUGGCAAAGCUUAAUGAAGACUCUGCUCAGUCAUUUAUGAAUCUGUUUGAGCAAUGGAAUUUGGAUUUUCAGGACUUGCAAGAAAAACAGAAAAAAUUAAUGAAUGAUUUUCAACAGGAAAUAAAGAUUUUUCAACAAUGUAGGCUUGUUCAGAACCAGAGACUGAGAACAAUUAAACAAGUACACGAACAGUUCUUAAAGAAUUUGGAAGAGUUGGAGAAGGAGAAUGACAAUCUGCUUCUUGGUAUCCAAAAUGAAGUUAAAGAAGAACUGAAUAAGCUGUGAAGAAAAAUUAUGAAAGAAUCUGUAAGUUGAAUAUCAAGUUGGAAAGAAGAAUUAAUGAAAGCACAGAAAUAUUUUAUUUUCUGAUGUAUGAAUGACACUGAACUAAGAAAUAAACCUGUUUAUUAUCUCUUUUCCUUGAACAGCAGCAGCAAGAGAUGGUUAAUGUUCGACAGUCUCUUCAGUCCAUGCUGUUUUGAUGGGAAGAAUAUUUGGAGAAGGAACCUAAAUCUAAAUGAUACAGUUCAAAUGCCAGCUAAGAGUCUUGCUUUAAGAUCAAUUCUAGUUUAAAUGGCAAGGUCUUUAGUCAUUAGCUUGUUCACCUUGUCCUACUUUAUUCUGAAUAAAAUCCAGUUAUGUCAGUAUCAACUAUGCCUGUAUGUCAAGGUUUUAAUUCUUUUGUUACAGUGAAUUUUUCUUUAUGACAUUGUUAAUAUUUUCAAUAAAAAUGAUUUGUUUGGAUAUUGACUUUAGUAUUUAGUGUAUCAGUCCCAAAGGUACAAAGGUAAGGUAUAGAAAGUUACGUUGGUUUUAUUUCAUCUUUCUGACAGGGUCUUAUCACGUUUGCCAUGAUGGUGUCUAACACUGAACUAAAAAACAAGCUCAAAUCUAAGUUCAGGUAAUCCUUGCACCUCAGCCUCUAAAGUAACUGAGACAGCAGGUGGGUACAACUAUUCCUAGUUUAUAUUGUUAUUUAAGGAGAAAACCCUCCAAUCAAUUUUCCAUACUUAACUGAAUCGCGUAGCCCAUUCUAAGAACACAUGUUAAAAAGCUUGUGUUCAUAUCUUGGAGUUAAACAGUUAAGACAGUAAUCAAGCUGAAUAUUCAUACUAGGUUUGGUUUUGUUUGUUGAGACAAGGUCUUGCUCUGCAGACUUGCCAGGCCUGCAGCUUGCUAUGUAGACCAGGCUGACCUCGAAUUCAGAGAUUCGACUGCCUCUGCUUCCCAAAUGCUGGGAUUAAAGGCGUGCGCCAUCAUGCCCUGCCUGUUUACUAGUUUUAAGACAUUCAAGAAUUUCAUUUCCACAGGGCAUCAAAUGUCAUUGGGAUCGGUCUGCAGUUAAAUGGCACAUGUCCUUAGUAAUGAUUAGGAGUAUAUCAUGAGGGCAGGGUGGUGCACGCCUUACUCCCAACACUCACUCAGGAGGCAGAGGCAUGCAGAUCUCUGAGUAUGAGGCCAGCUUGAUCUAUCUAAGCAAUUUCCAGGCUAGCCAGGACUACAGAGUGAAACUCAGUCUCAAAAAAAAAAACAUGUAAAACAAAAACAAAGUAAAACAUAUUAUGAGUAUAGCUACUUUUCAUUGUUUAAGGAUGUUACACCUAUCUUCAAAAACAAAUUUCCUAGAAUAAUACUUCAAAGUCUCAAAUAUUAAUGUUAACAAAUGUUUGGAAGUUUUGUUUUUAGAUUUAUUAUCAAACAUAAAUAGCUUAAUAACUUGCCUUUUUAAAUGCAUUUUGAGCUGGGCAGUGGUGGAACACAUCUUGAAUCAAAGCUCUCAGGAGGCAAAGCCUGGCAAAUCUCUGAGUUUGAGACCAACUUGGUCUUGAUAAACCAAAAAAAGAAAAAAAAUGCAUUUUUACAGAGAAACUUAAAAAAUAUGUGAUUUUUAAAAAUAUGAAACUUUAGACAUAUGUUAAUGUUUAAACAAAAACCCAUUAGAGGGAAAGCAACAAUUAUUUCAUUUUCAUAUUUAUUUUUUUCCUAUAUAACUCACCCUCAUUUUUUUUUUUUUUUAUUUUUCGAGACAGGGUUUCUCUGUGUAGCUUUGCGCCUCUCCUGGGUCUCGCUCUGUAGACCAGGCUGGCCUCGAACUCACAAAGAUUCACCUGCCUCUGCCUCCCAAGUGCUGGGAUUAAAGGUGUGUGCCACCACUGCCCGGCUCCCCUCUUCAUCUUAAAGUGAAUAUUCUCCAACUUAAAACACAUACACACACACACACACACACACACACACACACACACACACACACACACACACACAAAUUAUCCUUUUCUAAACUGGUAUAAUCUAUAUAGGAAUAAAUUAGUCUUUCACCAUUAGUACAUAAUUAGAUUAAGAGGGCAAUUUAACUCCUUUUUUCUGUGGUACUGGGAUCCAUCCAAUGUCUUGUCUCCCUCUUGUUACUGGAGGGAAUCUCUCGGAUCACCCAUGACAAAAAGGCCAGGUUCUUUUCAUCUCUAAUAAAGAUUUGAGCGAGACACAUGGUAGUAAUAAUUAAAGUCUGGACUUAUUAGAAGUACAAUAAAGACAUAAAAUACGCUGCACAGAACAGAAAUGGACCUGAAUAAGUGUGUGGCUCAAGAGCCCCAUUUUGUGUCCAGGUGCUUUUUAUUAAAUGGAAAGUAAAGGUUCUCUGAAAGGGUAGAUUCUUUGUUGGCUGUCUAGGUGAUUAAUGUUCUUUGCUGGAAGGGUUUUGUACAAUCCUUGGGGCAGUCAAAGGGAUGUUAUUUUUCUCAGUUACUGUAAUCUCCUUAUGACUCACAGUCAUGUGUGUCUGACCCUAUUUUCCUGCCUCAUUUUUCACUGCUGUAUUUCCCUCAUGAAAUAGGAAUCUUAAAUACUUUUAUCAAAUUUCAAAGGAGUCUUUUUCUUAAGUUUUACUAAUAGUUACAGAAGCCAAAUAAGUACUUCAGAGUGUUUUUUGUGUACUUAAUUCACGUAAGUGUGUUUUUCUUCUUAAGGUAUAUUAUCAUUCUUCACUAUGCAUAUAUAAAGUACAUGCUUGUUACUCUCCCUAAUUUAUCAACUGACUAUGGCAUAUGGUAGUCCAUGUCUUUGAAAAUACUCUUUCUUCAGUAAGGCCACCUUCCUCUUUUCCUCUGUGUUUUCUUGGUUUUUUUAAGUUUUUUGCUUUUGCUUUUCAAAACAGGAUUUCUCUGUGUAACAGCCUUGGCUCUGUAGACCAGGCUGGCCUCAAACUCGUAGAGAUCCGCCUGUCUCUGCCUCCCAAGUGCUGGGAUUAAGGGUGUGCACCACCACCACCUGGCUCCUUUGUGUUUUCUUAAAUGCCAACUUUUAAAAAGCCAGGUUAGCUGGGUGGCUGUGGCGCACGCCUUUAAUCCCGGCACUCGGGAAGCAGAGGCAGGCGAAUCUCUGUGAGUUCGAGACCAGCCUGGUCUCUAAAGCGAGUUCCAGGAAAGGCGCAAAGCUACACAGAGAAACUCUGUCUCCAAAAACAAACAAACAAAAAAGCCAGGUUAAUGAUAUUGCCGCAAUGUAAAUGGCCAGUUGUUAUCUGUGUAGCCAAAAAUUCAGUCUUAAAUCUCCAAACCAUCCAAAAGAGCAAGUUAGGGAGUAGCUAAAUAAAGGGACACAUAUUAUAUAGUACAUUAUACUGGUUCAGGAUAUAGGUGAAAGUACCUCGGUAUGAAUAGCUUAAAGCCAAAUAGAACACUCAUUCAUUAAUGUAAUAAAUGGGAUACACAAAUUUCCAGCCUGUACAGAAGAACAAAACUCAUUCCACCAAGGGAGCAUAAUAUGAUUGUUUUCACCAUAACACUUAAAAUAUUUUUACUAAUUAUUUGAGAAUUUCCUACAGUGUAUUUUGAUUAAGCUCACCACCACUCCUUCCCCUAACUUCUCUCAGAUUCAUCCCCAUCCCCAUAUCCCCC